AUGGACUCGGAGAUGUACAUUGCGGUGGAAACCAGCGUUGCGGGUCACACACAAAUUUCAGGAUCUUACAAGGUUUGCGACAAUACCGAAGGCGCUUACUCUGGAGACACACACCUUGAAAUCCUUGGAUAUGGUGAUGUGAUCAUCCGGAUUGGCGAAAUGGAAAAGUUCAGACUCCAAAAUGUAGCCUACAUUCCAAGAUUCCACACAAACGUUGCGUCCCUGGAUCUCUUCCUCCAGAGAGGAUACAACUGGAACCCAGCAACAGGCGCCGUCUCAAGAGACGGAAAUACGAUCUUUCGCACAGAGAGGCGAUAUCGCCAGCCUGUCAUUGAAUUCAACCAAGUCGAUUACGAAUCGCACAUGCCACUGGCAACCGCUUUCACCUCAUCCACGCAGCCGAGACCCGAGUCCGCCGCAGAAGCCACUCAAUGGCAUCAACGCCUAGGUCAUCUUGGUUCUGAAGCCCUUGAACACCUAGUUCAACAAACAACCGGAGCCAAAAUCAAAGGCCCGCUCAAGAUAGAGUGCAAAGACUGUGCCAUCUCCAAAGCAAAACGCAUUGUCUCGCGACGAAGCCCGCAGACAAAAGCACCACGACCAUUCUGGCGCAUCUACGUUGACAUCUUCGCCAUGAGCGACGGAUACAACGGAAUGAAACACGCCGUGCUGAUCAAAGAUGAAUGCACAUCCAUGAUCUACAUAUAUCUCCUAAGAGAUGCAACCACUGAAAGUGUCCUAGGAGUGUUAAAGACCUUCGAAGCCUACAUUCGACGACAAUUCGACACAUCGAUCUGCGUUAUCCAUCGAGAUAAUGACAGAGCACUUCAGUCAGAAUAUGCUGCAUGGGUCAGAUCCCAAGGGAUCCAAGAUGAACCCACUGCGCCUGACACACCGGCACAAAACGGGCCUGCUGAACGAUCUGGGGGGGUAAUAGGCAGCCAGUCUCGCACAAUGCAGGUUGCUGCCAACUUUCCGGACGAACUGUGGCCUGAGACCUGGAAGACUGCGGUGUAUCUACACAACAGAUCGCCGCAGCAGGCAAACAACUGGAAAACACCGUUCGAACGGCUGCACCAGUGGCUACAGGACAACAAUCGUGAUACCGGAUACCUCCUGGCACAGCCCGACAUUACCAACCUUAAGGCGUACGGAUGCCGCGCCUAUCCGCUGACCAGGGAAGCUCUGCAAGGCAAGCAGAAGAAAAACCUGAAGAUCCAUCCACAUGCAGAGAUCGGAUACCUUGUUGGAUAUGACUCCACCAACAUCUUCAGGAUCUGGAUUCCAGAACGAAAAGAGGUUCGCCGAGUCCGAGACGUGACCUUUGACGAAACCCGUUUUUAUGAUCCAAGAGAUCACCCGCAAAAGCUUCACAUCGAAGAAGCAGAACCACAACUUCAGCUCCCUGCCCAUAUUGAAAGCGACCCAGAACCUGAGAAAUCCGAAGAGACCAGGACAGAGGCGCAUAGUGAGCCAAAAUCGCCACCUUUGAAGGAGGCAGAAAGCGAAGAUGAAACCCGAUCAACUAUUUGGGUUGGAAGCGAAGAUGAAACCCAAUCAACUAUUUGGGUUGGUGGCCAAAACCACUCCGACGAAGAAACGGAUCAAGAGCUUGAAAACUUCGACAGCCAAGCUACAAGCUGGACCGUGAGUCCAACACCUGAUGAGAGUCACAGAGGCUCCUUCAGCCCGAAUCUUCAAGAUCAGGAUAAUCAAGAGAAUCGACAAGACCAUGACAACGAACAUGAGAUCGAGAUCGAUGAUCAGUCAUUUACCGAAGCAGCUUUUUCAUCGGCCGAAAACAAAGGCUGCACCGACGAAGUCUUCCUCCAGAACCAAGAAACUACCAUGAGCUAA